AUGAGGGCGAGAGCCCACACCGCUAUCCGCUGCAAAGAAAAGAGUAACGAAAUAACAGAGGUGUCCGUUUGCCCUUAUGAACUUGAACUGCUUAUGCCCGUUGUCUACGCCAUGGCUGCUUCGACAUCGGGUAUCUUAGCACGCGGGAAACUCGGUCAAAAGUCAAAAGUAGUCUGCCUCAUGUUGCGUUGUGGGACUUUGCUGACUGAUGCAGGGGGUGAUGGGAAGUUUCAACUUUGUUCAAACUUUCAUACCGUCACCCAGCACAUUGGAGCCUGGAAGGGAAGUCGUUCUUGUAUACCUACUGUCCUCCAACAAGCUACUGGCAGUCACAUCAAAAUGCUUGCUUCCUCCAUGCCUAUGCAAGAAACCGUGAAUGAUGGCCCAAGGAAAUCAAGACAGCCGCUGAUUGCUUCGCUCAAAGCGACAAGAGUGUCACCAGAUGCGCUGAAAAGGGGCUUCUGUGUUCCCAAGGGUUUAUGCAACACUGGAUCUGAAUUCCUUUGUGAUAAAAAAAAUGAAGUCUGCUGUCCGUAUGAUCCUCUCUCUAAGACAAAGUGCUCUCCUCUUUGUCCUACAACUCAGCCCUGCAUAGAUAAUUAUGGCUAUUGCACAAUUCCGGAGAACUGCUAUGAGAAAAUAGUCCCUGAGUGGUGUGAAGGAGAGAGCUGCGUUUGCUGUGCUCCAGUUUGUCCUUCAACUCAGCCCUGCAUAGAUAAUUAUGGCUAUUGCACAAUUCCGGAGAACUGCUAUGAGAAAAUAGUCCCUGAGUGGUGUGAAGGAGAGAGCUGCGUUUGCUGUGCUCCAGUUUGUCCUACAACUCAGCUCUGCAUAGAUAAUUAUGGCUAUUGCACAAUUCCGGAGAACUGCUAUGAGAAAAUAGUUCCUGAGUGGUGUGAAGGAGAGAGCUGCAUUUGCUGUGCUCCAGUUUGUCCUUCAACUCAGCAGUGCCAAGAAGCAUAUGGCUAUUGCUCGAGCCCUGAGAGCUGUUAUGGAAAAUAUGUCCCCGAGUGGUGUGAUGGAGAGGACUGCGUAUGCUGCAUUCAAGAUUGUUUCCCAAAUCCAGAAUGCCUAAAUGUAAAUGGUUAUUGCACGAGUCCUGACACCUGUUCUGGAAAUAUAGUUCCUGAGUGGUGUGGUGGAGAGAUGUGCGUUUGCUGCGUUCCAGAUGAUUGCAACAUAAUACCUCCGCCCAAGGAAUGCAUAGAUAACUAUGCUGGUGUGUGCCAGAAGGACUGCGAAGAUGGCAGGAUUCCUACAGGGUUCUGCUUUGGAGACUGUCAAUGCUGUGGCUGCCCGACAACAGACGAAUGCAAAGCAAACCUUGGCUAUUGCACCGAGUCUCUUGACACCUGUAAUGGUAUAAAUAACCCCGAGUUGUGUCCUGGAGAGAAGUGCACUUGCUGCAUGCCAGCAACAGUAACAGCAGUAACAAUAAUAGAGCCAUGUGAAACCCCAGUCGACUGCCAAUCAGCUAGAGGCUAUUGCAACCAGACAUGUCCCCCUUGGUUGUAUCCAGACCCAAAUCUCUGCCCAGAUGGCUGCUAUUGCUGCCUUGGGGAGUAUGAAUUGGCUCCUCUAUACCACUAGAAUCCAAAAGAGAAGAAUCGAUGGGCCAUCUUUUGAAUUCCUUGGUGUUCGGUCUUUAGUUUAGAUUCCAGAGUCUUUAAUAUACAACGUACAGUUUAUUAAGCACUAGCUUUUAAAGACAGUCUUCAUCAAGUACAGAUGCACUGAGGAGAAGGCACCUGCCAUUUUGGUAUGUAUGUGCUCCUCCCAACAUGCAUUUUUUUUUCUAAUCCCUGGGAUGAUCUUGCCCUUCUUUGCAGUCUUCUUGAUCUCCUUGGUUGUAUGCUUAAUUAGGAAGAUUACUGGGAAAGGCAGGAUUAGCUGAAGGUCUUCUGACAGGUCAUCCCAGGGAUAAGUAGAAAGAAAAAUAACUUACUAAGGGAGGAGGAGCACGUAUACGUACAUCAGUACCUGAUGAAGAAGACGAUGUCUCUGAAAGCUGGUACUUAGUAAAUUGCGCUUUGUAAAUUAAAAAAUUGGAAUCUAAACCAUCUCGUCUCAUUGAAGCCUAACAUGAGUAAUACAAAUAUAGUAUGUACACAGCAACGUCUUGUAGCUAUUUUGUGAUAUACAUACAAGUAUAGUAUAUUCCUUAUGAUAUCAAUAAAUUUUUAUUAGCUUGUAAAAACAGUCAGGUAAUAAUAUCCGUCCAAGGAAUAUUAUAAAUGUUCAAAUUUGGAAUACCAAGGCUAUCAACAAGCAUUACUAUAUAUGAAUAUUGGAGUUUUUUUAAUUGCACCAUGUUUAGGUUUGAUUGCAUUAGAUACCACUAUUUACUUCUAUAUGUAGAUGUUUAAAUUAAUAAAUUGGCAUUAAUCAUUAAGGUGUUUUCUAUAAAAUCAUGGCAUUGGUAACUAAGGCUUGUGCAUAUAUGUACAUUCUUUUGUAUAUUGCUUUAAAUUUUCUGCAUCUCUCUUCAUCCAUCUUCAAAAUACUACAGUAUUUUCAGCUUGAUUCUUGACUGCAUUCUUUCUUCGAGUUUAGUAAUGUACAGCUGACACAAUUUUAGGACAAUAUGACCACAAUUCUUAUUAAAGAUUGUGAUUUAAUGAUAUAUUAUAACUGCUACAACUUUUAAAUGACAACAGUGAUAAGAGAUAAUUGGCUGAAAUGUAAAAAGCAUUUUAAGGUAUGCAGUGUUGUUGUCAGUGCAUUUGAUAGCUUUGGACUUAAAUCCAGUCUUGCUGAUUAUUAUGUCUUCUCUUAUAUUAAAAAACCCUGUAAGGGGGUAGUGCUGUCAGUGCACCUCAUGCGGUGCAAUGCAGGCAUUACUUAAGGUUCUUUGCAGCGUGCCUUCAGCCCCUAGCUGUAAACCCUUUUAUUUCUUUUACUGUACCUCCUUUCAUAUUGUAUUUCAUCCAUGUUAUUUUCCACCCUCUCCUAACAAUUGAUUCAUAGUGCAACUAUGAGGUUUUCCUCCUGUUACACCUUUCAGAUCUUUUACAGGCAAUUUUCAUUUCAGCGCUGAAUGAUCUCAUAGGUCCCAGUGCUUGGCUUUUGGCCUAAAUUCUGUAUUCAACUUCACUUAUUAUAGGAAAAAAAAGAGGGAAAGCAUUUGUGAUCAGCAUUAAGUUUUAUUUCAUGUCAAAGGGCCUGUAAUCAUGCCUGUCAGCAAUCUCUAGAUGAUUUGGUCAAAUAAACGGUUCAGAGUUACGUCUUUACAAUUAUAUUAUUCUAACAUUAUC